AAGUGACUCCCACAGGCUGAGUGCUGGGGAGCUGCAUCGGCGAUCGCAGCGGUAGAAGCAGCAAUUUAUCUGUGUGCAGCCCCAAACUGGGAAGAAGAUGCUAAUUAAAGUGAAGGUGGGAGCACCUCCAGCCUUGCCAAGACGCAGUGGUACUGGGCUGGCCGCUACGCUGACCGGAAAGGAGAUUGAGAUUGACAUUGAACCCACAGACAAGGUGGAGCGAAUCAAGGAGCGUGUGGAGGAGAAAGAGGGAAUCCCCCCACAGCAGCAGCGGCUCAUCUACAGUGGUAAACAGAUGAACGAUGAGAAGACAGCAGCUGAUUACAAGAUACUAGGUGGUUCAGUCCUCCACCUGGUAUUGGCUCUGAGAGGAGGAGGUGGUCUUAGGCAGUGAUGGACGCCCCCCUCCAUUUCACCUCCUUGCCCUGUCGCUCAUUAUGAGGAAUCAUGUAUCCUCUCACACUGUGGGACACCAGAGCCACUGCCCCCUCUCCUGGAUGCCCAGUCUUGUGUGUCUGUUGGUGGGAGACUGUGAGGAACCCA